ACACCAGACGUGUGCAUUUUGGACAUGUGCAGGAUUUAAAGACGUUUUUAAAGCAUUUCACAGAGACUGCUCCUGUACUGCAGGUUUCUGUCAGGUUCGCUGCAUCCUGUAUGUAUCCGUGGUUACAGAAUUAGAAUUGGAACCUUGGAAUCAUGAGCUGUUAUUAUUCUGAAAUGUGGAAUCAGAACAUUCCGAGUUGAAAAGCUGAUCUGCAUCAAGACAAUCCACAUUCAGAGGAAAGCUGUACAUUCAGUAGCUCUGACCUGCAUACAAACACUGGAUAGAACAUGAGUAAACAGAAAGAAGAGAAGGGAAUGGAGAGGAAGGUAGAUGGGAUGUCCUGCAACAUCAUCAAUGAGCUGCGGUUAGAGAAGCAGCUCUGUGACGCAGUCAUCGUGGUGGACGGCGCCGAAUUCCACGUGCACAAGAACAUCCUGUGCGGCUGCAGCCCAUACUUCAUGGCUCUCUUCACCAACGGCGGGUACCCUCCUGAUAAGCUCAGGUACAGCAUCCCUAAUGUUUCGGCCAAGAUAAUGGAGCUGAUCGUGGAGUACGCGUAUAUAAGACGUGUUAACAUCACGGAGAAAAACGUGUUUAAGCUGCUGAUCGCUGCUGAUUAUCUGUUGGUGAACAGCCUGGUGAACGACUGCUGCACGUUCCUGAAGGCUCAGCUGUGUCCCGAGAACUGCGUUAAGAUCUGGCAUUUAGCUCACUCCUACUUCUGCGAGAAGUUGAAGCAGCAGGCCUUCCGGUUAAUCUUGCACAACUUUGAGGAGAUGGUGCGCCUCUCUGAGGAGUUCCUGGAUCUGACAGUCGAGCAGCUGAGCGAGAUCAUCGAGAAGGACGAACUGAACGUGAAACAGGAGAGCGUGGUGUUUGAAGCCAUCUUACAGUGGAUCAAACAUGCGCCAUGGAAACGGAAAGCGCACAUAGGAGUGUUACUGCCCAGGGUGCGUCUGGGGCUAUUGACACACGAUUACCUUAUGAACAAUGUGAGCAACAACAUUUUAGUGAUGGACGACAUGACACGUAAGCCGAUCGUCACCAGAGUUCUGAUGGGCAUCGAUGACCUCAACCCGAGCCUUCCCCUCAGCUCUGAUCUCCAGAGACUCCGCCUGCCCAGCGCCGUUCUGCUGGCCAUCGGUGGCUAUGGCCACAAGAAUCUCAAUACCAUAGAAGCAUACGAUACGCGAGCGGCGCGUUGGGUCAAUGUCACAUGCGACGACGAGAGUCCACGAGCCUAUCAUGGGACGGUGUAUCUGAACGGCUUCGUGUACUGCAUCGGAGGAUACGACAGUGUGGAUUUCCUCAACAGUGUGAGAAGGUUUGACCCCAUCACCAGAACCUGGGCUCAGGUGAACCCCAUGCACUCUUGCUGGUGUGACGUGAGCGUGUGUGUGCUGGACAGUCGUAUCUAUGCGAUGGGAGGAUUUGAUGGCAUCAGACAGGUGAAGACGGUGGAGCGAUAUGAACCUGAGAAUGAUCGGUGGUGCAUGAUCGCGCCGAUGCAUGAACGAAGGGGCGACUCUAGUGCUACAGUACUGAAUGGCAAAGUGUACAUAUGUGGAGGGUUUGACGGGAACGGGUGUUUGUUCACGGGGGAGUAUUACAGUCCUCAGAUGGGAGCGUGGACCCUCAUCACCCCCAUGAUGAUCAGAAGGCGUGGACUGGGCGUGGUUGCGUACGGAGGAUGGGUUUACGCUGUCGGGGGAAAUGAUGGUGUUAAUCAAAUAAGCAAUGUAGAGGUGUAUAAUCCUCAGACCAACGUGUGGACACAAGGUCCAGCCAUGAACAACAAGCGCAGCAGCUUCGGCAUUGAGGUGCUGGACGAUCUCCUGUUCGUUGCUGGAGGAGAGAACGGCACUACCAUCAUGGAUGAAGUGGAGUGUUAUGAUAAGCAGACUUCUGAAUGGCAUGCAGUCAAAAACAUGGGGAUUUCUCGCCAUGCUCUGAGCUGCUGUGUGCUGUCUGGUUUACCCAACAUGGCAGAGUACGAGAACAAACUGUCUCUGGAGAACAAACUGUGGAGGGACUUUCCCUGUCCUCAAACACAUCCUCGCUGACCGGGACAUCAAGACAUGACUGGGCUGGAGAGAGAGAGAGAGAGAGAGAGAGAGAGAGAGGGUAAAAAAUUAGUUAAAAAGUAUACAAGAUCCUAGUAAGAAGUCAAAGAAAGUAUUAGAAACUAGUGUAGAAAACAAACAAUCUGAUCAUUGUCACUGUUUAUAAUUCAUACUGUUUACUGCUUUUCUUUCUUAUUCUUGUCAUUUUGUGUGACUUACAGUGUGAGUGAAAUUUCCAGCAUCUCAUUACUGCGUGAUGACUUCACGCAGACUGUGUG